AUGGGUCUCAUGGAUAAAGUCAAAGAUGCCAUACCUGGUGGCCAAAACAAACGUUCUUCUCAAGGGGAUGAUGACUCGGAAUUCUCCAGACCGGGCAACGAUGAUUACAAUAAGCAGGGCUUAAACAACAACAACAACAACGACAAUUAUGGUAGUAAUGAUAAUGGCAUGAAUGAAGGAGGAGACAGUUAUGGAUCUUCGCAAAGAUCAACCUCAGGUAAUUCUGGUCAGUUCGGCGACGAUACAUCUACUGGAUCCAGCGUAUAUGGAGGUAUGAGGAACGAUGAAUCUGGUAAUAAUAUGGGCAGAUCAGGUUAUCAAGGUGACUCACAGGGUCAAUCAAGGUAUGAAGGCCAAGGACGAGGUCCAUCCGACUACCAGGAUCAAGGACAGGAACGAGGCCAAUCAGGAUAUGGAGGCCAAGGAGGCCGCCAAUCAGGAUACGAAGGAGGUCAAGGUCAAUCAGGAUAUGGUAAUGACAACUUCGACCAAGGUGGAGACAACUUCAAUCGAGGUGGAGAUAACUUUGAUCAAGGUGGAGGUAACUUCGACCAAGGCGGACAAAGGGGUAUGGGGGGAAAUCAAGGAGGAGGCGGAUACGGCCAAUCAGGUGAUAACGAUAUGUCCGGUGACGAAUUCGGUUCUGGUACUGGAAAUAGGAACACCGGUGGCUACGACCAAAAUCAAGGUUACAAUCAAUCUCAAAGCGAUUACUAG